AGCUUCUGUUGUUUACGUACAAAAUAUUUCAACAAUCUGUAGUGUACUAUCUGUUUACGGUUAUAAAUAAGUCAGUGUUCAAUCUACAGUCGAACGAAGUACAAGUUCGGUUAGAAUUUGUAUAACAUUUAAGAUGGUAAAAAAGAAAGAGCUAAACAUCAGUAAUUGUGGAUUUGAUCAUGAUUAUGCAGACACGUUGGUUUGUUCGCAAUGGCAAUCAAAAUCAAACAGUGCUCUUUAUUUGAUUUAUCGAUGGUCAUUUGAAACAUUUGCGACUGUCAUUUUCAGCAUUUCAUUCUAUUCAUUUAGUCAAAUGAAGCCUAUAGAAUUUUAUUUUAUAUUUUUAACACAUUGGGGUGUUCUAAUAAAUAUGAUUCUUGGCAUUUAUGGUGCGUUAUUAGUUACAUAUUGGCACUGUGACACCGAAUAUAGGGAAAAUAUUCAGAAAAAAGAAAUCAUCCCCACGGCAUUCAAAAUCUACUGGGCGAUUCACAAUUGUGCACUAGAACUGUCUCUUGUAAUAUCAAUAUUUUAUUGGUUUAUUCUAUACCCAAAUAGUAAUCAACCUCUCAGUACACCAAACGUUUUGGUACAUGGAAUGAACUCUGCCAUAAUGUUUUUGGACUUGCUCGUCAUAGCAUUUCCAAUGAGAUUGUACCACGUUAUACAGCCGAUUGGCUUUGGAUUGUGUUAUACGAUUUUUUCAAUCAUUUACUACUUAUGCGAUGGAUAUGGUUUGGAUAAAAGCAAAAAAUAUAUUUAUCCGCCUUUGAACUGGGAAACGCCAGAUAAAGCACUUAUUACUGUACUCGGAGUGCUUAUUCUAAUCAUUGUCAUUCAUACAGUUUUAUUUUGGAUAUAUAAACUUCGGGUAUUCAUUCAACGACGAUUCUUUACCACGGAACUCGUUUUGGCAUAUGAAGACAGGAAGGAUGUUGAGUAAUCGGUUGUUGUCGCAUCAAUGAACUUGAAAAAUUGAUAUAUUUUGAUCGAAUGUAUUGGGAAGCAACAUUUAAUCGCUUUUUCAAUUAGAAAUGUUACAAAAUAACAUUUAUCAACAUAAACAUGAUAAGAUUACACAAUGAC